GCAAUCGGUCGACGGACUCGGUCGGUAAUCCGCAUUUUCAUUGAUCGGCGUACAGUGUUUUUCGCGUUUUUGUUCCAAUCUUUUCUUCCCGUUUGAUUGUGAAAUGAAGUGAAAGAGUGUUUUGUUGUACUUUUUGCUGCGAUCGUUGGGGAAUUUUAUCCACCAGGAGAAAGAAGGAGCAGGAAAAAAAAAGUCAAUUGAAUCGUCGUCGGUUUGGUCGCGGUGCAGAAAAUUCUCGCCAGAGUGAUUCAUUCGUGGCUUGCGAGAAAAUUGGGAAAAUUGUGCAGCUGAAUGAGUGGAAAAUGUAGCGGUUCUUGGUUAGAUUUAUUGCGGUUUGCAUAGUUUUGCGGAAUGAAAGUGAAGCUAACGGAGAAGAAAAAUUUGCAUAGAUUUUCCCGUAUUGCAGAAGCAGCACCAAAUGCGUCUGUUUUUUCAUCGUCGAAUGUAAAUUUGUAUGCGUGCGUUCGUGUGUUCUACCAUUGAAGAUUUUAUGUGACAAAAUAAGGCUUUUUCAUCAGCCUAUACAUCAAUAGGGGGAUUUAAAUCCCGAACAACAUCAUCAAAGUUGGAAGCAGCAGCAGAGGGCUUGGCCUUUGAAGUUCAGUGAAUAUAAAGUAGCAGCAAAAAUGUCAACAUCGGAGAGAGUGGAAUGGGUGGAGAUUAUCGAACCUCGAACCAAGGAGCACAUGUACGCCAACUUGACGACAGGCGAGUGCGUAUGGGAUCCACCGGAGGGCGUCAACAUCAAGCGCACCGAUGCAUCCCAGUGGUGGGAGCUGUUCGACACCAACACCUGCCGCUUCUACUACUACAAUGUGGCCUCGCAGAAAACCGUCUGGCACCGACCGCAGAACUGUGAUAUCAUUCCACUGGCGAAGCUGCAAACCCUGAAGCAGAAUACCGAUCCUGGCGAUCGAAAGGAGGGGGGAGGUGGCACUCUGCAGCACCAUCACAGUUCUUCGAAGCACGUCGUGGGCUCGGGUACGGUGGGGAAAUCAUGCGGCCAUCGGACGGGAACCGGAGUGAUGGACUACAGGGACCGCGAUCACCAUCGGAGCUCGAGUUCCGGGCAUCGGGGUGGCCACCAUGACAAGCGAAGCAAUAGCGAUCUGCUGGCGAGUCCGCAGGGGAGGCACAGUUUGCAACACAGACUACCACCCAAAACCACCGUCAACGAUGCUGGGUUCUCGAUGAGCCGCACUGGCACGAGCGAAUCUCAUAAAUUUUGCAGGCAUGGUCUUCCAAACUCCUCAGGGGGCACUGGGUCCCGCAGUAGUCAAAAGUACCUGGACUCGGGUAAGUCCAGCGACAGCAGCCUAUCCAGUUCGCAUGGCUACCACCACCGACGUAUGCCGGAUGGUGGUAGCCUACGGAUAGGUAUUGGAACCCACGGGAAAAAACACCCCGGUAACUCUACCGGGGACAACUGCAGUUAUCGCAUGCUCCAGGAGAGCUCUAGUUCGCACAACAUUCCACACUCGGUACCAUCAUCGUCUACGGAGAAGUUGGGAAUCUCGUCAUUGCACCACCCGCCACUGCCACCGCCACACCAGAUGCUAUCGUAUUCGAUGUCCAACUCGUCAGAUCUCGCCGGCGGAGGAGGAAGCCUCUCCUCUCCGUCGCACUCGAUGAGCACACCACAGUUCAAGAAGAAAUUUGGGCAUGACGGCUUGGGGUCCAAAUCGGGCAGCACCGGUAGCGGUCACAAGGACGGCAGUAGUACACUGGUAUCGAAACACGAGAGCUUCGAUUACCCCGGAAACGCUUCAUCGUCGAUCUCACUUACCCGUUCGGGAAGCUUCCUGUCGUCAGCUGGCAUCACCUCAGCGGGUCCCGUGGUAGGAACUCCUGUUUCUGGACGACCUUAUCAUCACCAUGCGUCACCACAAGCAGCCCAACCACAGCACGGGGGUUCUUCGCAAAGAAAAGGCAGCUUCGAUGGCAAUAACGGUGGUGCCAGCGACGACUCCAUGCAUGAAAAGUACUUCAAAUCCGUCGAGAACACUCCUGUUACCCGGCGACGUCAUACGACUGCAUCCUCCUCGAAGUCGUCAUCCGUACAACAGAAGCAUUCGAGCGAUUCCAGUCCACAGAGUCCCAUAAGCCCUCAGCAAGCACAACAACAACAUCAGCAGCGGAUUGCGCGACCAUCGGCGCUAGCCGUGGAACUUUCCCCAAGCUCGGCAUCCUCUGCUACCAACUACAACAAAUCUAGUCAAAAAGGUACCGAUUCCGAACUGUUCAACCUGGAUCUCACCAGUAAGCCGGAGAAGUACCUGGAUAAAAUGAAGAUCGACAAGGGCAAGGUGUCGCCCAGCUCGAUCUCGAUGGGAGGUGGAAGCGGACCGCAGACGGCCAGUCUGCAGAAAACGUCCUCUUCCAGUGGUAAGCUAUCGUCUAGUCAAAGUGAAAUGGCCGCAGCUGCGACAGCAGCCGCUGCCCACAAGGUCGCGAACAAGGAUCAGUUUUCGUUGAAUUUAAACAAACCGAACCUGGAUCGGCACAACAAGGAGAUGCAGCAGCAGAAACAGCUAACGCUGGAGAAAAAGUCCGGUUCCGGAUCGACACAAACCGUGGCGUCCAACAACUCGGCAUCGCACAAUAAGGGAUCACAGCAACAGCAGCAACCACAACAACAGCAGCAGGAGCGGAAAAAGAGUAGAAAUCAUAACAAUCACGGAACCGGGUUCGAUUUCGAUUACGACAAUGGCAAUACGUCGCCGCUGUACUGUAAUUGGGAUAAGGAAAAACUCGAACACCUCCUUCCGCUGCAGCACUACAUCCUUGAACAGGCCAAGCUGUCCGGAUGUUACGGGUUCGGAGACUUCCAUGACUCGGACUCGUUCCACUCGGACAGCCAGUCGGAGCACAGCUUUUCGGGCCACGAACCGGACAACGAAGAUUCGGACCACUCGGAUGGUCACGGAGACUACCUGGCGCACUAUCCCUAUGAGGAGUAUGGUGCCUAUCGGAAAGAUGACGGUGGCGGGGGUGUUUCGUACUACAAUUUCGAUUUCAACUUUGGCGAUAGGGAGGAAAAGGAAGACAUAUCCGAAGAGGUGACGGCAAAACUAGAAAGCAUUCAAGAUCAAAUCUAUAGUCCGGUAAAGAACCAUCCGCCACUGCACAAAUACUCACCGUUCCACAUAGCUAAGCAAAGUUUUGAAAGUUCCGGUUUUGGGACGGAUAAUACUGAUCGAGGUGCUUCGGCGGAUAGCAGUCAGACGGGAUCGCAGCACAGUCAGCAGAAGGUUAAUAAAGCAACCCUCCUGCAAAGAUUCCAGGAGAACAUACUGUCGCACAGCCCGGGAAGCCUCGGCAACAACGGGAAGAUUGCAGAAAUGGCUCUCCUGAAGGAGUGCGAUAUCGAAAAGUUUGCCCAGGAUAACCUGAAUCUCCACUCGAAGGGCAUCUUCCGAAAAAAGUCAUCCAUCCAGGAUAUGUUAAGUUGGACCCCGAAUGCCAUCAGCAGGCCGAUGCUUUCGCUGGCGAGAGACAAGGCCGGGAAAAAGAUGGCAACGGAGCUGUUCAAGUUGGUUCAGAUCUACAUGGGCGACCGGAAGGCGCGCGUUGGAAUGAGUUUGAACUCGGUGGCCAUCGAUAUCAUUGCGAUGGCGAUGGGUCAGUCCCAACUGCGGGACGAGUUGUACAUUCAGAUGUGUCGACAAACGACGGAGAACCCCAGCCGAGACUCGUUGAUUCGGGGCUGGGAGUUGAUGGCCAUAUGUUUAUCGUUCGUUCCGCCUUCACCGACAUUCCAACCCGCACUGCUGGGGUAUAUAAACAGGCAUCGGGAUCCCACGUUUGCGACCAGCUUUCCGGAGGUUGGUAAGUGGCCCAUCCAUGUGCAGAUUUCGCAUUAUGCGACAAUCGCUUGCCGGCGGUUAGACAGGAUUGGAAGCUCCGGACGGAAGCAGGCCAAGAAACCUUCGGAAGAGGAUAUCAAUCAAGCGAGGGAGCAGAUAUUCCGCGACAGCAUGUUUGGAAAUACGCUGGGAGAGGUGAUGGAGCUACAGAAGGACAAGUUUGCGGAUCUGCAACUGCCGUGGAUUCAGACGACGCUGUCCGAACAGGUUCUGCUGUUGAAUGGUAAGCAAACCGAGGGAAUCUUCCGAGUGCCAGCCGAUGUAGAUGAAGUUAACAUGUUGAAGAAUCGUCUUGACCGAUGGGAGUUUCCAGAAAAUAAGGGAACCAUGGAUGCUCACGCCCCGGCCAGUUUGCUGAAGUUGUGGUACCGCGAGCUGUAUGACCCGCUGAUUCCGGAUGACCUGUAUGACGACUGUGUAGCAACAGAGGACCCCGCGGAAGCGGCGACCAUUGUAGAAAAAUUACCAAAGAUAAAUCGAUUGGUCCUCACCUACUUAGUGCAUUUCCUACAGCAAUUUGCCCUUCCGGAUGUGGUUGCCAGCACGAAAAUGGAUUCAUCGAAUCUGGCGAUGGUGUUUGCACCGAAUCUGCUGCGCUGCCAGUCGCAGGACCCCAAAGUGAUCCUAGAGAAUGCCCGCAAAGAGAUGGCAUUCAUGCGUACGCUUAUUCAGCACAUGGAUACGUCUAGUGUGGCAUACCUAGUUUGAUUCGUCGUCAUGUUCUAGUCGGCGAGUUUUGUUUGUUAAUUUUGCGCGGCACGCGCAAUAAUAGUAAUGGAAAUUAAUGGUCUUCCGUUGUAGAAAUGCGGAAUGACCAUCCAAAAGUCAAAUUGUACAGUUUUUUGGUUAGUUUUAAUAACGAAUGUAUAGUUUAUUUUAGUUUUGUUUUAAAAUAGUCAUAAUUUGCCAGACUUGUGUAA